AUGCCUUCUUCUCAGAUCAUUACCUUUCUGGUGGCUUUAAUUGACUUGGCCCUCGGUGGGCUGAUCUCCAAUGGCUUUGUAGUUGCAGUGAUAGUCAUUGAAUGGGCUAAAUGCAAGACCCUCGCAGCUAGGGAACAACUUAUUCUAUCCAUGGGUACGUCCAAUAUCUUCUUCACAUUUAUUCUGACUGCUUAUUUUAUUAGAUACGGGUUAAAGCCUGACCUCAGUGACAGUGACAGCGUAAUAUUUGGUGUGUAUUACUUCUUUUUAACCUUUGGCCUAUUCUUCCGACUCUGGGUCAUUGCCUUGCUCUGUGUCUUCUAUUGCGUCAAGAUAGUGAACAGCACACACUCCCUCUUCCUUUGGUGCAAGCUGAGGAUAUCGCGGAUGGUGCCCUGGCUUCUUGGGGGCUCUCUCGUCAUCACGUCAUUUGAUUCUUUCAUUACAAUUCAAAAUAGGUAUAUUUCUCUCAUGGGCAACGCAACAGUCAAUGAUGCAAACGUGACACAAGGAAAGUCAGAGAAUGAGUUUCACAGUUCUCUCCAAGUCUUGCUUCUAAUUGGUAAUACUGUUUGUCCUUUUCUUCUAGUUUUCCUUUGCUCCAUCCUGGUUGUAACCUCACUCUGUAGGCAUGUCUGCCGGGUGACAGGUAAAGAAUCCAAAUUUAGGAGCCCUCAAACAGAAGCCCAUGUCAAGGCAGCUGGAACAGUGCUCUUCCUCCUGAUUCUUUCCAUUUCUUUUUAUGUGGCAGAGACCUUGUUUAUAAGUGGACAAGCUGAAAAAAAUAUAUUUGCUACUUCAGUGUGUUUAACAGUUAUAAUAUCGUAUUCCCCUGUGCAGGCUGCCCUCCUGGUGUCGGUGAAUCCUAAGCUCAAGCAGGCAGCUGCCAGGAUGCUUCCAAGAGCAAAGCCUUCAUAA